GGCACCGGGCUGCGGCGUCACUGCGGGCCUGCGCCGGCCCCGCACCGGGAGCCGCUGGGACCGAUACCGGUAACCGGGCUCCACCGGCACCGGGAUCCGCUGGGACCGAUACCGGCACCGGGCUCCACCGGCACCGGGACCCGCUGGGACCGAUACCGGCCCCGGGCUCCACCGGCCCCGCGGCCCUGGGAGCGGCCCCGGGCUUCCAGUGGCCCCGCAGCACCGGCCCCAGCCCCGCCGCCCCGGGCCCGUUGCGGCCCCGCAGCCGCCGUCCCCAGCCCGGUCCCGGGCAGCGCUGAGCACCGGGCCCGGCCCCGCCAUGGGGCCCGGCGGCAGCGGCGGCGGCUGGUCCCUGGCCGGGACCGUGCUGGUGGCCGUGGCCACCUCGCUGGCGGCGGGGGGCGAGGACUGCCUGUGGUACGUGGACAGGAACGGCUCCUGGCACCCCGGCUUCGACUGCGACUUCCUCACCUUCUGCUGCGGCACCUGCCACCAGCGGUACUGCUGCCGGGACCCGCUGCGCCUGCUCACCGAGCGCCAGCAGCGCCACUGCCUGGCCUUCAGCCCCAAGACCAUCGCAGGGAUCGCCUCGGCCGUCGUGCUCUUCAUCGCCAUCGUCACCACCAUCGUCUGCUGCUUCAUGUGCUCCUGCUGCUACUUGUACCAGCGCCGGCAGCACCUCCGCACCCCCCUGCAAGGCCCAGAGAUCCCUCUCAGCAGCUACCCCCCCGCACCCCCCCCAGCCCCCUUCCCCAUGGACCCCAAAGCCGGCCCGUUGCCCCCCCAGCCCGGCUUCACCCCCAUGGCCACGUACCCCCCCGCCCAGUACCCCAUGUACCCCUCUGCCCCCCCCAUCUACAACCCCACAGCUCCUCCACCCUACGUCCCAGCACAGCCCAGUUACCCCGGAGCCUGAGCACCCACCAGGACCCCGCACCCACCACCGGGCUGGGGACCCUCAGCCAACCCCCUCCCCGGGGAGGGUGCUGGGGGGGGGCCCGGAUCGGGCCCUUUCCAGCCAUCCCGAGGGGGGGGGUGACCUCGUGCCACCAGCACAGGGUGGCUCUUGUCCCACACACUGGGUCCUUUGUGGGCGCCUCCACCCCCGGCUCCGGCUGCCAAAGGCCCCGUUGCACACAUGGAAGAGCCGAGGGGGGGGGCACCCGGGGGGGGGUUUGGGGGUCCCCCCGAGGGCCGAGCAUCGCUGUCCUCCUCCCCCCCUCCCCCACGCCUGCAUCUGGAUUUUUUUCCCCCUGGGAUUGGCAUUAAACUGUGUCCUGUGUCCCA